CGCUCAAACACACACACAUAAAAUCCAGAAAGCUCCUUCUUCCUCGUAUUAUUUAAGCACUCAUCCGAAUCUUCUUUGCCAUCGCCAUUGAAUUUAUUCUUACUUUGUUGUUUCGGUUGUUCUAUUUUGAUAAAAACCAAAUGAGGAAAGGAGCAAAGAGAAAUGCCGCCUCUAAGAAACAAGAGGAUGCGCAAGUAAAAUCUUCGCAAGAGAAUCAAAAUGGGAACCAUAAACCUGCUCCCAAAGCUAAGCGUGCUAAGAUCUCCAAGCCUCAAUCUGAGCCUGAGUACUUUGAAGAUAAGCGUAACUUGGAGGAUUUAUGGAAAGAAGCAUUUCCUGUUGGAACAGAGUGGGAUCAGUUGGACACUGUUUACCAAUACAACUGGAACUUUUCAAAUCUAGAAGAUGCAUUUGAAGAGGGGGGGAAGCUAUAUGGAAAGAAAGUUUAUAUUUUUGGUUGCACAGAGCCUCAAUUGGUCCCUUACAAGGGAGAAAACAAAGUCAUCUGUAUUCCUGUGGUUGUGGCUGUUGCCUCUCCUUUCCCACCUUCAGAUAAGAUUGGGAUUAACUCAGUGCAGAGAGAAGCUGAAGAGAUUGUUCCUAUGAAACAAAUGAAAAUGGAUUGGGUUCCAUACAUCGCACUUGAGAAUAGAGACAGCCAAGUUGAUAGACUGAAAUCUCGGAUAUUCAUCUUAAGUUGCACUCAAAGAAGGGUUGCUUUGAAACAAAUGAAAAUAGAUCGUCUCAAGAAGUAUGAGUAUUGUUUGCCUUAUUUCUAUCAGCCUUUGAAGGAAGACGAGCUUGAACAAAGCACUGAGGUUCAAAUAAUUUUUCCAGCAGAACCAAAGCCAGUAUUUUGUGAAUUUGAUUGGGAUUUGGAUGAAAUUGAUGAGUUCACUGAUAAACUGAUUGAGGAAGAUGAAUUAGAUAAAGAUCAAAAGGAUGCCUUUAAGGAGUUUGUUAAAGAGAAAGUUAGAGAAGCAAAGAAAGCUAAUCGGCAGGCAAGAGAAGCUCGCAAAAAGGCCCUUGAAGAAAUGAGUGAGGAAACUAAAGCAGCAUUUGAGAACAUGAGAUUUUACAAGUUCUACCCUGUUCAAACUCCGGAUACACCUGACGUAUCAAAUGUGAAGUCUCCUUUCAUAAACAGGUAUUACGGGAAGGCUCACGAGGUUCUUUAAUGGAGGUUUCGUCCAUGAUCUGGUGUAAGUUGUCGAGAGAUGUUCUAAGGCCGUUGUCGGCUUGGAAGAACAUAAUAUGUUGCAUUUUUCCGUUACCUGGAAGCUUUGGGAGCCAUUCAUCUGGUGCCAUUACUCUUUAGAUGAUUAAGCAGAUGCUCAUCUUGUGACGAUAAGAGGGAUUUGUAUAAUACUCAGUUGAGGCAUUUUCAAAAUGUUUUGAAAGAUUUCUUAGAGCUCAAGGUUCCGGUUGCAGCUUGAGUAUGUUCCGUUUUAUCCGUCGUAGACGUUAUUUGGUUCUGACUUAUUGUACUAUGAACAAAGCCAGUGAGAAAAACUAGCCAACUGCAAUGUAAUUCUAUUUGAAACUCUGGGGAAUCUCAUGGUUUUGGAAUGCCCUGUGUUGCUAC